CAUUUUGCAGCUGCAGAUCAGUGGAGAGUUGUUGCUGCUGCCUCCGCUGCUGCCGCCGCCGCUGUGCAGGAGAGGGUUAACAUUAGUGUUACGGUUGUUACGGUUUUAUUGUUCUUGUAGCGUGAAGACAGUUCACUCACGAAAUGUCGGAUUUCGACAGCAACCCAUUCGCGGAUCCGGACUUCAGCAACCCUUUUCAGGAUCCCUCGGUGACGCAAGUUACGCGAAACGCGCCACCCGGCCUGGAGGAGUACAAUCCAUUUACAGAUACAAAACCAGCUCCACCUGGCUCAGGUCCCAAAGUCCCACCCACUGCUAACACACAGCCAGCCAUCAUGAAGCCCACCGAGGAACCACCAGCUUAUUCACAGCCCCAACAAACACAGGAUCAGGCACGGGCCCAGGCCGAGUUGCUGAGGAGGCAGGAAGAACUGGAGAGGAAAGCCGCAGAGCUGGACCGCAGAGAGAGAGAGAUGCAGUCACUCAAUGCAUCCGGAGGGAGGAAAAAUAACUGGCCACCACUGCCUGAGAAGUUUCCUGUGGGUCCAUGUUUCUACCAUGACAUAUCAGUGGACAUCCCGGUGGAGUUUCAGAAGACAGUUAAGAUCAUGUACUACCUGUGGAUGUUCCACACAGCAACACUGUUCCUGAACAUCUUUGGCUGCUUGGCAUGGUUUUGCGUCGAUUCGUUGCGUGGUGUUGACUUUGGCCUGGCCAUGCUGUGGUUCAUGCUCUUCACUCCCUGCUCGUUCGUCUGCUGGUACAGACCUCUGUAUGGAGCAUUCAGGAGUGACAGCUCUUUCCGCUUCUUUGUCUUUUUCUUCGUCUACAUUUGUCAGUUUGGUGUCCAUGUGAUUCAGGCCAUUGGCAUCACAGGCUGGGGAGUCAGUGGGUGGAUCUCGGCAUUAACCGGCCUUAAUAAAAGCAUUCCUGUCGGCAUCAUCAUGAUCCUGAUUGCUGCGUUGUUUACCGCUUCUGCUGUCAUCUCCCUCAUCAUGUUUAAAAAGGUUCACGGGCUGUAUCGGACCACUGGUGCAAGCUUUGAGAAGGCCCAACAGGAAUUCGCCACCGGCGUCAUGUCCAACAAAACAGUUCAAACAGCGGCCGCUAACGCCGCCUCAACCGCUGCUCGCGGAGCGUUCAAAGAGCAGUUCUGAUGGGCCGAAAAAGAGCAACAACAACAAAAGAGGGCCCAACUUCAAGCUCCUCCCACUUUCCCCCUUUUUUCAUUCUUUCUUACUGUACUCCUUUGACAUGUGAGUCAUCUGUAAGCCUGUUUCAGAUGUGGAGGAUCCCCGACUCCGCCCUUUCAUCGACUUUGUGCACUCCAUUGGCUCAUUGGCUGACUGAGACGCCACCCCCUUCACUCAGCAGAUGCACUCCACAGGCUGUUACGCUGAGACUGUGUGUGUGUGUGUGUGUGUGUGUGUGUGUGUGUGUGUGUGUGUGUGUGUGUGUGUGUGUGUGUGCGCGCGCGUGCACGCUUGUUAUACCCCAGUCACUCUCCAAUUCUCCAAUCUGAUUGAGAGUGUGCUGAAUCAUGCACCUCAUUAAAACAAAAAAAAAAAACAGGAAGUGAUGUCAGCAAGGAUUCUGUCCACUUGCUGUAAACAUCCAAAGUGAACAGAGCCAUCCAAGUCAUCAACACAAUCUGCUAAUAUCUCACACCAACAAGCAUUUCAUUCUUGCCUUUCAUUGGCCAGAAGGAAUGUCCCUCACCGUAUGCACCCAGUGGGAGAUUCAGGUGGCUCUUCUGUUGCUUUUUUUUAAUCUCCAAUUCUGCCUUACAUGCUGUUCCUGCUUUUAUGAAAAAUAAGUUGAAGCUCCUUCACUUUGCUUCUGAGGCUUGUUCAAUGACCUACAAACACAAGAGUUGCGUUAGACAUGCUUGUGAAGCUCACUAAGCCUCAGUCCAGGUCUUGAUUCUGAAGUUUUAGGGUGCUGAUGUGAAGUAAAAGCCCUAAUAGAGGACGAUACUAUCUGCAAUGAAAGCCUCCCACUUCUGUUUCACUAAUGGCACGCUUCUGAAACAUAGAAAAAUUGAGAAAAGAUGAUACCAUACUAGUUUUGGAGUGUGUGUGUGUGCCUGAGAGAAUGCGUGUUAAGUGAAUUUGAGUGAGUCUUAAGCUGUUUAACUCCACGGCAAGUGAUCUCACUUAGGUUUAUGAAUUCAAGUUGUCUUAUCGUUUCUGUCCAACCGGACACUUUAGGUUUUAGACUAUGUUUUUGUAUUUAUCAUUAAUUAAUGCAACCCUGUAGCUUUGAGCUCUGAGAAACAACUCCCAAGAUUAUGGGUUGACUGUGUUUUGAGACUGCAUUUGUGUGUGUGUGUGUGUGUGGAGGUUUCAGUUACUUCUCUACAGUAUUCACUUCAGAACUGUUACUUGGAUGUUAACACACAGACACACAGUCACACGAACACGUUACUAUGAGACAGUUUUCCUCAUAGCUUCGUUUUUAAUUGUCGUUCCACUUCCUUUUGCUAUUGUAGGGUUUCUGAUUCUAUCAUCUCGAGAUGAGCUGCUGCAAGUCGUUCUUCCUUUUUUAGAACUUCGUUUCAACAAAUGGCACCUGAAUGUUCGUUCUAUAUUAACGCGAAUCAAGUUGGAAGGUCCAUAGGAAGAUGUAACGUGAGCCUGUGCGUGCGUGUGUUGCGUUGAAUUGUGGCUUUUAAGUUGUGAUUUUUAAACACAAUGACAUUAUUAGUUGAAACACUGAGGAAGUGGUGAUACGAAGUCCGUUCGAGCAAACCUAAGGGAUAUUUGUAUAUUUUGUAAAAAAAAUUUAAAAAAAUUAAUAAUAAUAAUUGACGAGUGGUUGCCUGUCGUCCUGAAUAAUUUCAUCGUACUGUACAAAUGCACUCUUGUCUCCCUCUGCAGUCGCAUGUCGAGUAGUUUGAGUUUUGUAUAUUUAUUGUAUUAACACAGGAAUAAAAUAAGAAAAUGAACUACUUAA